AGCCAAACCAGACUCGGAGCACGUUCCAGCAUCACAUCACCCUGUGAAAGCACCUGUCUCAGUGCUGCGACUCAGGAUGUGCAGCCGCAGGAGAAACCAGCGCCCAUCGCUCGGGCUUCCACCUUGGGCUGAAGCUGCUGCCCUGGCCCGGGCUGACCAGAAUGGUUCCGAGGCCACUGUGAAGUAAAACGGGAGCACUGCAGCUCAUAAUUAACAUCAUCAUUUGCAAAUGCAAUGGAAGAGGGCAAGAUUGAAGACGUCCAGGGUAUUCUACGACUUAAUGUGCGAGGACGUUUAUACACAGCCAGGCGUGAGUCUUUAUGCCGCUUUAAGGAUUCAAUGCUAGCUUCUAUGUUUAGUGGACGCUUUCCUCUAAAAGUGGAUGAAUCAGGAGCAUGUCUAAUUGAUAGAGAUGGAAGCCUGUUUAAAUAUCUUUUGGAUUAUCUUCAUGGAGAAGUUCGGAUUCCUGAAGAUGAACAAAUUCGAAUUGCACUGCAGGAGGAAGCAGACUAUUUUGGCAUCCCUUAUCCAUACAGUCUGUCUGACCAUUUGGCUAAUGAAAUGGAGACGUAUUCUUUAAGGUCAAAUAUAGAGCUUAAAAAGGCUUUGUUAGAUUUCUGCGAUUCUUAUGAUUUAGUUUGUACCAAGCCUACAGUUUGGGUCCUGCACUAUCUGAACACUUCUGGAGCAAGCUGUGAAAGUAAAAUUAUUGGUGUGUAUGCCACAAGAGCUGAUGGGACUGAUGCAAUUAAUAAGGAGCUAGGAACGAAAAUUCAUAGUAAAAGCAUUUACAAAAGAGAAGCUGGAAAUAACGUCCAAUACAUCUGGAGCUAUUACUCAGUAGCUGAGUUGAAAAAGAUGAUGGAUGCUUUCGAUGCCUGGGAAGGGAGAGGUGUCAGCUAUUGGAGAGUGCCUCAGGAGCUGAUUGAAUGUUGGACUCUUGAAGAACGCCCUUUGAAAGGCAGUUUGCAUCGUAUGCCUCCAGUUCAUAAAAGACGAUUAAUCGAGUUUCCUGAAGAGGAAGACUAUUUACCGAGUAAAGUGGGUCCUAAGCCAAUUAGAUUCGCAGGUCCCUCAACAAGUACCCAUAUCAAAGUCAAGAAUUCAGCUGCAUUAAAGGUAGCUGCUUGCAAUGCUUCACAUUCUGCAGUGACUCUUAAACGACCCAGUAGUGAAAGUUUGACACUGCACAAAGUAGCUUCUGAAACUGUAUCCACAACAUGCGCAUCCGUCCCCAGCAAUUCCCAGGCGCCCUGUGGAAGGCAGAGUGCUGACAAUGGGACACCAUGUCAAAUGAUGUUCAAGACUGCAGGGUCUAGGAAGCCUGCAAGCAACCGUGUAGUAAAGCUGAAGCGAACUCCACUUUUUCUUGUGACACCAUCUCAGCCAUCUUCUUCUGUAUCUAGUAAAACAACUGAACAGGAUGGUGCUGCUGUUGAAAUUCCUCCUACUUCUAUGGUACUAAACAAGAAAGAACCAGCUGUAAUAGCAGAGAGUAUUAAGCUUAAGAAUGAUAAAGCAGAUGGAUAAUGUUUGACUCAGCCUGAUAGACUGGAUAGCUUUACAUUAGCUGGUUAAAGAAGAGAUCAUAAUCUCGUGUGGUCAUUUAUUCAAAAAUUUGGUAGAAAAUGAUGAUGAAAAAGUUCCUGAAGAGCAUAGGGAGAAAUUGUUUUAAGUGAGCACUGAAGUGCUCUAAAUAUUCUUAGAUGUUGGGAAGGGAGGAAGAAAAAUGGAUUAAAAAAAAAAACCCUCAAACACAGAGCAUGUGCAGUCUAAUGUUACAGUAUGUCAUAUUUGUAUUUCUGUCAGGCUGUACUAGUAUAACUGACCUUUUUAAAGGAAGUACUUGCACAGCAUAAAAGACAACCUCUUUAUCAACUUUAACUACAGUUAACAUUAACUAGAGUUAAUUUCCUUAUUUUGUAUCUUUAAAGUGGGGGAAAAUAGAUAACAAUAAGUAGCUUUUAUUAGAUACAAGUUUGCCCCAAGUGUGCAACAUACUGAGUAUUGUGAAGAUUCCGGAAGUUGAAUGCACUUACUGGUACUUCUGGUGAGGGUAAGUCACCAUUUUGUUAUUAACAGCAAUGAAAGGGACUGGCUUUGCGUGUACGCAGUGAGAAAAUUCAGAGAAACAGGAAGGGAAGAAGCAUGCCUAGGGAGUAACAAGGCAGUUUUUUCCAUAGACCUGAGACAUACACGUACCACUUUCCUAACAUGGUGUGAUUUGCCACUGGGGUGAGGCUGCUGCAGGCAGCCGGCGGAGCCUUGGCAUUUUGUAUCGCACCACUGUGGGGAGUGUUUUCUGCAGCUGCAGGGAACCUCACAGGCCUGAGUUACAGCUCGCCUUCCUGUGUCCUUCUGCAUGUCCUUUCAAACGUGGAGGGGACAACCUCAAAUUCUGUGCAGCAAAGCAGUGUUAACAGAGUUGCACUGGUUUGAAGAUAAAAGAACUGCUCCUUCCCCCAAAGCAGGAUAGAGACCUUCUUGUACCAGGGUAAAUUUUGAAUAAUGAUACCAAAGUGUAGAGCUGCCGUAUAUUUCUAUCAGCAGAGGAAAGCUGGAUUUGGCUCACUGAUUUUAAAAAGCCCUUUUAGUUGUUUAAAUCAGUGAAUGAAACCUGGCUUUGUUUUGUGCUCUUGCUUGCUUACAGUUGGGUGUUGGGGUUUUUUUGUUGGUUUUGCUACUGCUUUUGCUUUUCCAGCACAGUAAGUACAGCUGGCCCUAAACGUUGAGAAGUUCUAUCACAUUGCCAAAAUACAAUGUUCUUAAAAUUCCUGAGACUAUUAGAAUUACAGAAGCGUUCUUGAAAUGUUUAAUUUUCUAGGUCAUUUAGAAGUGAUCACAUUUUCAGGCUUUUCUCCUAACCACAAGGACUUGAAACAUGAUUUGCACAAGUAAAAAAAUCCCAAACUUUCAUGUACUAACAUAUUUUUAAGGAGACACUUUGCCAUGAACAGUAGUCACUGUAAAGGUGUGCAGUACUGUAAUUUUCUGCUAUUAGUGUGUAUACUGAAGACCAGCUUACCUUUAGAAUCUUUAAGCUACUGGUUUUUCUUAAAAAAUAAACCUGAAGAGGAACAAUCCCAAGGCUCUUCCUAUCCCAACAAAAAAAGUUUCACUGAGCAAAGAACAAGGCAAAAAUUAUGGAAAGAUACUAACAUAAUGUAAUCUCCUAUUCUUUGAGCAUGCAAUUGAUCAUUGACACUAAGUUUGUGAAAUUAGUUUUUCAUAAUAAUCAGAUUGAAAAACAGUUCUUAAUACUUAUCUUCUGUGUGACUUCUGCUUCACUAUUUAUUGAAUAGCUGAGCGCUUUACCAUGCACCUUUAAAUCUUUUUACAAUGCUUCCUAAAGCACAUUUCCUUCCUCUUCAACUUCUAAUGAAUUUAGAAGGCUUCUAUAAACAUAGAAUCAUAGAAUCAUUUAGGUUGGAAAAGACCCUUAAGAUCAUUGAGUCCAACCAGCACUAAAGCUCUCAAAAAGUAUGGUAUUUUGCAUGUGUACAAGAAAAAAGCUUUGAGAAUAGUCCUGCGGGACCUUCUGAGUUUGCACUAGCUCAGUGGUUACUUAAUUAUUCUGGUAGCGCUGUAUUUUUUGAGUAACGUUCAUGUCAUUUGCAUUACAGUAGCUUUAAUGAGUCUUCUCUUUGUCCUAGACAUACUGGCUUGUGGUUAAAAGGAAAAAAAAAAAACCCAACCCUUGAAUUUCAAUAGAUGAAACAGGAAAGUGGCUGUGGUGGAGACACAGAGCAAGAUUAAUUAUUUUUUGAAGGACUUGGUUUUAUUUAUUUAUUUUUAAUUGGAUGAGGUGCAAACAUCCAUGGCCUUAUAACUUAUCUGAGUAGGGACUUUCCGCGUGCUUUUCUAUACCUGUGAAUCUUGCCGUUUCUCUUAACUGAUGGACUGAUACUAAACAGUUUUACAAUAGCUGAAUAGUGUUAACCUUCAUAGUGACUUUCACUAUAAAAAUAGCUUUGCCCUUAUCUACUCAAAGCCUUUUAAAAUGCGGCAGUAAAAUAGAAUUUCAUGUUCUCUCUGGGAGGCCAGUAGCUGAAAACAAAUGAAACUUGCUAGUCCAAGGACAAGUUAUACCUUAACCUGGCUAACAGACUGUGUUUUUGAGGCCCGGAACAAGGAGUAGAAAUUCUGCAAGUCUGAGUUUCCUGCUGGUUGAAACUUCCUCAAAACUCGGUGUUCCCAAGUUUCUUGAAAGUCUGCAGUUUUCUUAACAUUUCACUUGUCUAACUCAAUUAAUGAAGUACCAGCUGGUACUGCGUUUGCACUGAUAAACUGUUGCUACACCAUAUGUACGUACUGGAUAGUUUGGGGAAACUACUAAAGGUGAACUACAGUUUUAUAGCUGGGAUGAGAUGCAUUGUCAAGUGGUGUGACAGUGGUUUAUUUUGAAUCUUUGUAAAACAAUUCAUUACAGAAGAGAUCAUUUUCAGAAAGUUACUCCAAUUUAGUAAUCUGCUGAUUACUAGUAUCUAAUAGCUGCACUCUAAAGGCUGACAUAUGUAUCGCCAGUGUAGUUUGAUGCAUUAAAUUUUUUCUCACAAA